AUGACCACGGACGCGCCGACUAUAGCGGAACUGGUGGAUGCAAAAUCACGGCCGCAAGGCCCAAACAACGAGGAGAAAAUCAAGGCAGAAGAGCUUGUCAUUACUGAUGCAGUUGCUACCUCGGAACUCGCUCAAGUUUUAUUCCAGGACGCCGACAUUGAGACCGAUAUCGUCAUGUUUGAGCUGCAGGCGUCCAAACCCAAGACGCGAGCAGAGAAGGAAGCCAUUCGAAAGCGCAAGUAUCAUCACAGACUGCGAAAUGAACGGGAAUCUCUGCGUCAAUUGGUGAGCGAGCUCUCGGCCCAGUUACAGGAGCUGCGUCUAAGCAGAGGACUUUGUACCAGUCAGGAAGACAUCACGGUGCUUGUCAAUGCGAAGAACUGGAAGGAAGUUGCGCUGCUUCGUCGACAGCUACGGCAGAGAUCGGAGACGGAGCAGAUGCAGCUCUUUACCGCAGCAAAGCUGCAGGCCAUGUAUAUCAAUAAGUUAUGCGCACAACUCCCCGGUAAUUCGUCAAGGAGACUUCAAAUAGAGACCGACACGCGUCCAAUGAACCCUCCUUUCGACUAUACCAAGUAUCGUGCCCUUGUUCAGCGAGUUAAUUCCUGUUACGCUGAUGUCGACAACGUCUUACAAGAGUUUACCGAGCAAUACGGAGUGAUGUCGUCACUGCAUUACCGAGAUAAAGACGGAUCGAUCGAGUAUUUCCAGCAUCUGCAUCAGUUUUCAGUGCCGUACAACUACGAGCAGACACGCCGGAUGAUGUGGAAACUGUCUAAUCUUUUCCACAGACAGCAAGAUAGACAGGUUAUUGAAGGACUCGGCAGUCCAGACGAUACCGUCGUUCUAAGGUUUCGUCUCGUUCGACCUUUGACGAGUGGAGUGAUUGUUUCAGUGCUUCAGCGGUACGUCGUGCGCCGGUAUAACGAGUGUAAUCGCACAGUCAUCGUGUGGAAAACACUAUCAGAGGGAGAAAACGGUUUUGCUGGAUUGCAAGCCGAAGAGACUGGUUGGCUCUGUCUCCAGCCGUCCACAGAAGAAGGCUCGACAUUAGCCAGGAUUUGUGUCCGACAAGCUCCCACGUCUUUCUGCAUUCCGAUGACCUGCGAAUCGAUUAGUUGCGAGUUUGCUCAAGUUCUGCGGAAUUCAGUGGGAGAGGAUAUGCUUGAGAUCUCUACCGCGCUAGACAGAAUGCUGCUCGAUGACACGUUGGAAGGAAUCGAUAUUUAGUUCCUUAAGCAUCACGCAUUUUGAUAUGCUCGAGAUAAUCGUGUGUUUUAGAUUAAUUACUACUAUGGUCCACCGUAAGAAGGUAUGGUACGGCAAGUUGACGUCCACAACAUGGAGACGUUAGGUGCAAGUUGCAGUUGCAACCAGUUCAUGUUUACAUGCAUGUGUCC